AUGGAGGAUCGCGUUCGAUGGCCCGAGUGGAAGUACGAUGUCAACACCAGCCGUUUGUGCUGCAAUGUGCCUCGGGAGAAGCAGGCCAGAAGUGCCAGUGUUUUUGAUGUCGAGACCUUGGCUCUUCUGCUGCCAAAUAUCCUCGACAUCGACAUCUUCAUGGCCUUGGCAUCGGCUAGGAGUGUGCACAGGCAAAUCUUCAAUUCCUUGGCUAUCAAAGCAGCCGUGCACUGUUUGUGGAUCGAGUUGAUCAGUCCUGUUUUCGGCCUGACCUUGCUGUUUAACACUCUGGACUUGCUGGUUCUGGCCUUGUGGGGAUUGACUCCAUCGAACCGGCCUCUUCUCUCACGCGUGACUGGCGCAGUCGGUGCUGAGGAGGAAGGGAGAUACUCGAGCUUGCAGCAUCCCCGCUUCGCCAACUUUCUACUGGCAGGGCUCCUCCGUGACGUCGCCAACAUCGGAUGGUGGCUGUUCGGGCUUUGCCGAAAGUGGCUGAGGCAUCAGAGCCAACACUCUCUGCGGGGAUCCUCCGCGGAGGCUCGCGUGCAAGAGCUGCGCUCAGGCCUGCAUGCGCUCUGGCAUCCCAUGAAAAUCUUCGACUUGAGCCAUAACACCAACACACCAGAGAUGAUUCUCUGCCUGCUGAAGACGUUCUUCUUGCUCAGCGUCCAAUGCUCGUCGGACUGCGGUCGGGAGAUGACCGACUACCCGCAGGCUCUGUUGGCGGUUUGCUUCUUUAUGCACUGCGUCAAGUUGAUUUACAUGCUGCGCGUCAGCUCCUUUGGCGGGAAGAAGAUCCUGGUCCUGAUAAAGACUCUCGUUAGCGGCGCCAUGCGGGAGAUUUUCUUGAUCUUCUGCCUCUUCUUUCUGGCCUUCGCCCUGACUGCCGUAAUGCUCGACCGGAGUGUGGCCGUUGGCAUCGUCAGCUGGUCACUGUAUCGUGGCCUCAUCUUUGGCGAUGGAGCCGGGCUGGAUAACAUGGGCUUUGCUAUCGAAGGGCUUUCCCGGGGCGAAAUUCCACGUGUGACGGACGUAGAUGUUCUGAAGACCCUUCUCACUGUUAUGGCAAUUUUGGGCACGGUGACCUUCAUCGUGAUUCUGAACAUGAUCAUUGCCAUCUACAGCACGGAGUACGGGCGAUUGGAGAUGGAGAGCGACCUCCUUUUCCAGUGGGAGCGCGCCAAGUACUGUUGCAACUGCCUGCUUGGAAUGCAGAAGUUACGGUCGAGAAAUCGCCUCUGGCUGCACUUGACUCGUGGCGUUGUGAUUGGCUGCCUAGCCGGUUCGGUGGCCUUCUUCGCGGCCUUUCCGACAGGUCCGGAUGCGAUGGCCGCACCACCGCCCUUUCCUCUUGGCGCCCUCCUCCUCGCGACUGCGCAGGUGGGCAUGCAGGCCCUGAUGAUGCGCAGCGACUGGUUCGCCGUAAGCGGUGGCAAGGAGGGUCCCGUGGAG